CAGGAAACCUCCUCUUCCCGACCACCCUGAAAUCGGAAUAUUCCCAUUUCCAAGCCCCAAAUUCGUCAUUUCACACCUUUUGCCACCACUGUAAAACAUCAUUUUUCUCCAAACUCGUAUGUUCAUCUGUUUGUGAUUUGACUCGUCAGUGGCGGCAAUGAGAGCAGAGCCGAGAAAUCCUAAGUCAUCGUGGCCAACGGUAGUGGUCAGAAAAUGGUUGAACAUGAAAACUGUGUUUCAAAGAAGAAGGAAGAGUUGCGGUGAUGAUGGACUAUACGUUGUGGUACCUGAAGAAUUAUCAGAAGAAUGGUCGAUCCAAACGAGGGGUGAUGAUCAACGGCCAGGAUUUGAUCAGAUAGUACCCUUUGUACCCAGUACCACCAACCUCAGGAUGCUCGUCGGUACAUGGAAUGUUGGCGGCAAAUCUCCACACGAUGGAUUAAACCUCAAUGAUUGGUUAAAAACCAAAUCCCCAGCUGACAUUUAUGUACUAGGGUUCCAAGAGAUUGUACCAUUAAACGCAGGCAACGUGCUAGGGCCCGAGGACUGCGGCCCGGCCCAAAAAUGGCUAUCCUUAAUCCGACAAGCCCUAAACCGUAAUCCCGAGGACUCCGUGUCCAAACAGUCCCUUACACCAAACAACCAAUAUUCCAAUCCAAGGGUCAGCUUCUCGGACUUGCUUUCACUAGAAGACGAUUUGGAAAAUUUGAGGUCCAUUUCCUGCUCCGGUGAGGAGGGUUCACCUGGACCACCCAAUGGUGAUUGGACAAAACAUCAUAGUGCAAGACAGCACAAUAAGUACUGUUUGGCUGCGAGUAAACAAAUGGUCGGGAUUUUCCUGUGUGUUUGGGUUCGUCAGGAUUUGUACCAUCACAUAAGUAGUUUGAAGGUCUCGUGCGUUGGCAGGGGAAUCAUGGGAUACCUUGGAAAUAAGGGAGCAAUAUCUGUCAGCAUGGUAUUGGACAAAACAACAUUUUGCUUUGUGUGUACUCACUUAGCCUCUGGAGAUAAAGGGAGUGAUGCCAUUAGAAGGAAUUUAGAUGUAAUGGAGAUUAUGAAGAGAACAAGAUUCUCUCAUCCAUUUGGAAUCCCGGGAAAACCAAUGCCACCAGAAAAUAUUUUUGACCAUGACAAGAUAAUUUGGUUUGGGGACUUGAAUUAUCGGUUGGCAUCAAGUUGUGGGGAUACAUAUGAGCUACUACAAAAGAAUGAUUGGCAAGCUCUUCUAGAGAAAGAUGAGUUGAGAAUAGAGCAAAAGGCCGGUCGAAUAUUCAAAGGAUGGGAAGAAGGAGAGAUAUUUUUCGCUCCGACCUAUAAAUACAUCACUGAUUCCGAUCAUUACGUAGUUCAGAUGUGUGACAGAAUACUUUGGAAAGGAGAAGGGAUAAAGCAAAUGUGCUAUGUUCGGGCCGAGUCGAGAUUUUCGGAUCACCGGCCCGUUUGUUCACUUUUCUCGGUGCAGUCACGAAAACUCGGAGCUGUAUACAGACCACCCAAAGGUUCAUGGACCCGAACGUCCAGAGCCAAUAACGAAGCGACACGUCUCGGGUGUGUAUAAUGACUUUAUCAAUGUACAUGAAAUGGUUUUUGAAUUAUGUUAAUUCUUCAUUGGAUUCUUACUUUUUNGUUGU